ACAAUCACUAUCUCAAUCAAGAGAUCCAUUGUAACUGUACUGCCAAGCAAGGUGGGUCUAAUGCCAUUUCAUUAGUUCCUACUCUGGCUUAUAAAUAGAGGACCCCUCUAUUUCAACCAGUUCAUUCCAAAGAAGAAAAAGCAAGAGAGAGAGAGAGAGAGAGAGAUAGUGAGAGAAUGGAAGGUGCUACUUCAUUUACAAGUGUAAUGACCCUUACCCAAUUGGGGGUACCUCAUGUGCCUCAACGCUAUAUUCUUCCUUCCUCACAACGCCCAAACCCCGACCAUAUUAAGAACCCGUCUACCAACCUUCCUAUCAUAGACCUUUCCUCUUUACAGCAUCCUUCUCUUCGAUCUCAAACGAUGGAUGAGAUUCGGAUUGCUAGUAAGGAGAUAGGGUUCUUUCAGGUGAUUAAUCAUGGAAUUCCCCCAUCAGUCAUGAAAGAUUCCCUAGAUGCUGCAACCGAGUUCUUUAACUUGCCCCUUGAGGAGAAAAUGCUUCAUGCAUCAGCUAAUGUUCACGAUCCAGUUAGGUAUGGGACAAGUUUAAAUCAUGAUAAGGAUGAAAUUCACUUUUGGAGGGACUUCAUCAAACAUUACUCCCAUCCAAUUUCCAAUUGGAUCCAUCUAUGGCCAUCGAACCCUCCAAGCUACAGGGAAAAGAUGGGCAACUAUGCGGAAGCUGUUCAAGUGCUACAAAAGCAACUCACGGAAGUUAUCCUAGAAAGCUUAGGGCUAAACCCUAACUACUUACAAGACGAUGUUGAGAAUGGCACACAAGUCCUUGCUGUGAACUGCUAUCCAGCAUGUCCUCAACCAAAGCUUACGUUAGGCAUUCCACCUCACUCAGACUAUGGCUCCCUAACCAUUUUACUUCAAAGCUGUCCAGGCCUUCAAGUCAUGGACCACAACAAGAACUGGCUCUCAGUUCCCGCUGUUGAAGAAGGUCUUAUAGUACAGUUUGGAGACCAACUGGAAGUAAUGAGCAACGGUCAAUACAAGAGUGUCAUUCAUCGGGCAACUGUUAGUUCGGAGAAAAAGCGGUUUUCAAUAGCAAGUCUUCACAGUUUUGCUAUGGACAAAAAAAUGGGGCCGGCAGAGAAACUUGUGGACUUAGAGCAUCCAGCGUUUUAUAAGGAAUUCAGCUUCAAAGAUUUUCUGGAUUACUUCUCAAACAAUGAUGUCAUUAAUGGUCAAAGGUUCAUAGAUACAUUGAAGAAGAAUCCCAUGAAACAGUGAGGCAGCAUUUAAGAGAUAUCUUGCAUUCCCUGCUUCCUUUCUAUUUUCAUCAAUCUAGUUUGCUUACCUUCUCUCUCUCUCUCUUCUGUUUCGGUUUUUAGUAUUAUGUAUAAUUAAGUGGUUUUUGUUUUGAUUACUCUCCCUGCUUGUGCAUGCUGAUCAAACAUUAUCAUAAAGUAAUAAAGUUUAUGGAUGGUCUUUUUAUAUUUAUAUUUUGUUUGUUUACGAUUGCCUCCAAGUUUCUGUUCACAUUAAAGUCAGAAUUUAAUUUAAUUACAGUCUUUUUUUUUUUAAGUUAUCAGGUCUAUAAGCGCUGCACUACAAGAGUUGACACCUAAAAAUCCACUCAAAAGAAAUCAUUGAAGUGAUCAUAUAGUUUCACUUCUAUAUAAUAAAAGUGCUAGUCUUACUAUAGCCUUUUCCAUCGCACUUCUACUUGCAGCACAAAUGAAGUAUAAA